GCGCCGUAGGGCGAGGCGCAGCGCGCAGGCGCGGGCCGGCAAUGGCGGAGGAGGCGGCGGUGCGGGCGCAGGCGGAGGCGGUGCGGCGGCUCAAGCAGGACAAGGCCGAUCCCGACGAGAUCGCGAAGGAGGUGGCAAAACUGCUGGAGAUGAAGGCGCAGCUAGGGGGAGAUGAGGGGAAACAGAAGUUUGUGCUCAAGACCCCAAAGGGCACACGGGACUACAGUCCCAAGCAAAUGGCCAUUCGCGAGAGAGUCUUCAAUGCGAUCAUCACUUGCUUCAAGCGCCAUGGAGCAGAAGUCAUUGAUACGCCGGUGUUUGAGUUGAAGGAGACACUGACAGGGAAGUACGGUGAAGACUCGAAGCUCAUUUACGAUCUGAAAGAUCAAGGAGGGGAGCUGCUGUCUCUGCGCUACGACCUGACAGUGCCCUUUGCUCGCUAUUUGGCUAUGAACAAGAUCACCAAUAUUAAGCGUUACCACAUCGCUAAGGUGUACAGGCGAGACAACCCAGCCAUGACCAGGGGCCGCUACAGGGAGUUCUACCAGUGUGAUUUUGACAUCGCCGGCCAGUUUGACCCCAUGAUUCCCGAUGCUGAGUGCCUGAAGAUCGUGCACGAGAUCCUGAGGGACCUGCAGCUUGGGGACUUUCUCAUUAAGGUCAACGAUCGGCGCAUCCUUGAUGGGAUGUUUGCAGUUUGCGGUGUCCCAGACAGCAAGUUCCGAACGAUCUGCUCCAGUGUUGACAAACUGGAUAAGAUGCUGUGGGAAGAAGUGAGGAGCGAGAUGGUAGGAGAGAAGGGGCUCUCUCCCGAGGCUGCAGAUCGCAUCGGGGAGUAUGUCCAGCUUCACGGUGGCCUGGACCUGAUCGAGCGGCUUCUCCAGGACCCCAAGUUGUCACAGAACAAGCUGGCCAAGGAGGGGCUGGGGGACAUGAAGCUGCUGUUUGAGUACCUGACCCUGUUUGGCAUCACAGGGCAGAUCUCUUUUGACCUGAGCCUGGCGCGGGGUCUGGACUAUUACACGGGGGUGAUCUUUGAGGCCGUCCUGCUGCAGCAGGAGAAUGACCAUGUGGAGGAGCCAGUCAGCGUUGGGAGCGUGGCUGGAGGUGGUCGCUAUGACGGGCUGGUGGGGAUGUUUGAUCCCAAAGGACGGAAGGUGCCCUGCGUGGGAGUCAGCAUUGGGAUUGAGCGGAUCUUCUCCAUCCUAGAGCAGAGAGUGCAGCAGGAGUCAGAACCGGGAUAUAAGCUCCAAUUUUCUCUGGCUUGGGAGGAUGGUCUCUGUGACUCGCACUGGAGACAAGACCCUUCUUCCAGCAGCCCUCAGACACGGCUUGUUCAGCUGCAGCUGGAGGGGGCACUUUAAUCCUCAGCAGUGCCAGAUACCCAAGUCAGGUGCCUUAGUGUUCCCCACUGCAUUAGCCAUCGCGUGACGCCACAUGCUCCUUGGCAAGGCAGCUCUGCUCUGCAAGGCUGGCGAGGUGGCAGCCCCCCACACCUAGUCUUCCUGCCCAAGGUGCUACAGAGACCAGAUGGGGAACAAAUGUUCAAAGUGUCCCAGAUCCUUUUGAUUGUUUUGGUUUUUUUCUCCUGUUCCUCCCUCCUUAGGGUUGCUGUACCAAUGUGUUGUCCUCUGUCCCAUUCAAUUGAUGUUAAAUAGGUCUCUGUAGGCUUGCAAAACACUGCUGCAUGUUUCUGUCCCCCAGAGACCUGUUGUGUGGAGUCCUCUCUUAGCAUCUAGACACAACUGGGAUUUCUAAAUGGAGAAUGUAUUCUUCCCUACCACCUGCAGUUCUGGCUAGGUUUGUUUCUCUGCAGGUGACCUUUUAAAGGCUUCUCCCUUCAGCGAAAGGGGCGGCAGGAAAAUGCUGCUUUCAAUAUCCAGCAUCUGCCAUGGGAGCAGGUAGCUCCUGACAGUGCUGCAGCAUCUCAGCUUGCUGCUGUUAAUCUAACCCACAGUUGCUAGCUCAGCUGUAGAAUAGGCAACUGCCUCUAUCCAGCUUCUUGGAUCUGCUUGGAGCAGAUUUCUGGGAGGCCCCUGGUAUGGAGGGACAGCCUCCAGGAAGAAGCUGGCAGGGAAAUUGCUCAUUCUCAGCGUGUCUUAAUCUGCACAUACCUGCAGCACAGGAGGGAGGCUCUGUUAAUCCCCUGUCAUAGAACAGCUGCAGAAGAUGAUUCUGCUUCAAUGGGGGGGGGGGAGGGCCCUCCCUGAAUCUACUGAGUUUAUGCUGUUCAUCCCACUGAGCCUGGUCGUCUUCACCGCUAAAUUGAUGGCCCUGGGGUGGUGACCCAUCCUGCUUGUAGGGUAUCGGAUAUCUCUGUUAUGUCCAUGGCAUCUUUUGAGUCUUGUCCCC